CGUCUUUGAACGGUGACAAAACGUUAUAAAGAUGUGUCGUAGAAAAUAGCUGGCAACAAUUAACAGGAAGUCCAAAUGACUUCAGAAAAACAUGUACCUUGUGGACCGUGUAGGUUUGAUGAUGUCACGAAGGACGCAGGAAGUUGGUGUACUAAUUGUGACGAAGGGUUGUGUGAAGAUUGUGAAAACGUUCACAGAAAAAUCAAAAUAUUAAGAAACCAUAAGGUCAUUUCAGUAGAUGAUUAUCGUAAGAUCGAAAAUGUUUCCAUUUCCUUGGUUUGUGAAUAUCAUGGAGAAAACAUAGAGUGGUUCUGUCAAAAUCACGAUAAAGCCCUGUGUAUGGUUUGUGUCACAUCAAAUCACAAGUCAUGUUCUGGUGUUAUAUCAAUUAGUGUUGCCUCAAAAAAUGCAAGACAAUCAACUGCUUUAUCUGACCUUGAAGAGGCAAUUGAGGGAACACUUCGCAACGUGAAACAAUUCACCAAGAAUCGUGAUUCCGCUACUAAGGAAAUUGAAAAACAAGAAUUGAUGGCUAAAAACAUUGUUUUUGAAACGAGAACAAAAAUGAACGGCUACCUAGACAAGCUACAGGAAAAAUUGUUGCGCAAACUAGGAUCUAUAUCUCACACUUGUAAAUCAAAAUAUAAAAAUUUCCUUCAAAAGCUAGAAUCAACAACAGAAAUGCUAACCAAACUAAGGGAACAGACCCUUCACUUGAAACAAUUUUCUUCUGACAUACAAGUGUUUCUCGGAACGCGCCAGGUCAAUAAGCGGAUCGUUAGCGAGAUCGAAUCCAUCAAGAGUGAAAUUGGUGCUACCAAGGAUUUUGAAUUAAAAGUAGAUAUUCAUAGUUUAAUUGAGAAUUUCUCAAAAAAAGUUGAAAACUUUGGGCAAAUAAAGGUAUUGGAAAGCUGUGCUGAGUUAGAUUUCAGAGACCACAAAAUUGUUCAAGCUCAAAUUGAGACCAACGUCCCAGCAUCAGGAAUCAUAUCAGACAUGAAGCUUCAGUUAAUUAAAACAUUCCAAAUGAAGAGGGAAAAUGAAUAUGUAAUAGAUGUUAGAGGUUGUGUCAUAUUGCCUAAUGGUAAUUUAUUGAUGACGAAUAACUCAAAACAAAAUCAGCUAGUAGAGUACAAAUAUACCGGUGAACACAUGCGUGAUAUUCAAGUCUCGGCCUUGCCAUUUUUUAUUGCUGUGAUAGAUCCUAAUCGUAUUGCUGUGACAUACGGGGACACCGCGAAAUUCAUGGAAAUAAGAAAUACUCAUUCUUUUCGCGCCGAAAAAGAAAUUCGAUUACUUAGUUAUUGCUAUGGAGUAUCACACGAGGAUGGAAGACUUUAUGUAAAAAGUGGAAAGUCUACAAUACAAGUCAUGGAUCUAUCCGGAAGACAACUGGAAACAUUGAAACUAUCCUCUGAUAAUGUGCUUAACAUUACAACUAGCAGAGACAAGAUAUUCUACACAGAUUACAAAAAGAACAUAGUACAUUGUUGCCGUUUGAAUGGAGAAGAGUUAUGGCAGGUUAAAAGGGAAUCCGUUUCACAUCCUUAUGGUGUAACAGUAGACGAUGACAGUAACGUUUAUGUUGUAGGUCUUGUAUCCAAUAAUCUAACAAUUAUACAACAGGAUGGAAAAGACAGUAAGACAUUACUGACAGAAUCAGAUGGACUAUUUUAUCCACAAGCUGUGGACUUUGAUAUGGAUAAAAGAACACUACUCAUAUGUAAUAAAGGAGGAAAGGUAGCAAUGUACAAAGUCGUUUAACACUUUUAAAUCAUAGUGUAUGAGAACAUAUCGUACAUAUCGC